AUGUCUUUGCGCCUCGAGACACCCUUCAACGACAAAUCAUCCCUCUCCAACGGUCUCACAACCAAUGAGGCCCCCGUGGCUCAUUCCCAAUACACAUCCGCAACGACAAUACCGCCUACCACGACGUUGGCACCACCUGCUCUUGGCGGUUCGUCGUUCGCCACGUUUGCUCCAGCCACUGGCACCCGAUCUCCGAGGUCUAGCGGUGCCGGCGGACCAGGAGCAGGAGGCAGUUUGGGGAAAUCAGGAUCAGGAAGCGUCAACUCAGUUCGUCCUGGAAGCGGCGGGAAACGAACCAUGCCACCGCAUACAUCCGAGUCGCCAGCCAAAAAGCAGAGCAAAUGGUCGCCCGAAGAAGACGCACUGAUCAUCGAGCUUCGCGGAAGCGGGAUGAAAUGGGAUGAUAUUUCCAAGCGUCUACCAGGUCGCAGCUCUAUCAGCUGCCGUCUUCACUACCAAAACUACCUCGAGAGACGCAGUGAGUGGGAUGAGGAGCGCAAGAACAAGCUGGCAAGGCUCUAUGAGAGGUUUAAACCCGAAAUGUGGGCAAAGGUUGCUGAAGAAAUGCAGGUUCCCUGGCGUGCCGCUGAAGCAAUGCAUUGGCAGUUGGGUGAAGUCGAUAUGGCCAGACGAGCGGGAGUUGUUCCCUUCGCGCUGACUACAGCAGCCUUGGGUGAUUCUUCAGUCAUGCACCAUCGAAUGCCUACUUCGAGAGGCCAUCAUGGUCACUCCCAGUCUCAAGGAAGCCUCCCGAGAGAUAUUCCCACCAUGUCUUCACCAAGGUACAGCCGCGGCCCCCCUGGACCUUUCAUACCACCUCCUUCGUCCGGCGGACGGCCACUGGCAGCUCGGCGCGACAGCUUGCCGACACGAUCGUCCUUUGCACCACCCCCUCCGCCACACCAUCAUAGCGACCCCAGCGGCUAUACGUUGGCGCCAGCUAUAGGUCUGGCUCCCAUCCAUACAUCGAGCUAUACUCAUCAGAGCCGUGGGGGGAUGUUGCCAAGCGUCGCCGAAUUGACGACCGGAGUAAGCCCCUACAGCACGCCUGCAUACUCGACGGGUGGCAUGACCAGUAUGGUGAGCCCAACCCACAGUGAUACGACGAGCCCUGGACCAACUCAUCCUGGUUACUCCGCCUAUCCGCCCUUGGAACCACUUGGAACCGUCAAAAGACGGGCAAGUCCGGAAGCGGGAGGGAUACGUGAGACAAGCAGGAGACGGCAUCACUUCCAGUCUCGACAAGAGGAUGGUUACUCGUCUCUCGGACCGCCACCUGGCAUGACAUCGUCACGACGUGGACAGAGAUUGGAGUGAGGGAGCCAGUCAAGAGCAAAACAAGCUUUGGACGGUGUGAUUGAAG